CAUCGCCGGGCAGUGGCUGCCACAGCCGGGAAUCUCUCUACCCAGCAAAUUAUCGAGACUUCCAGGUUGCAGCUGGCUUGACGAGCGUCUUGCUCUCCUCUUUGCGUCCCAGGAUAGUCCAGAGUGCGGCUGAAAAUCUCAGCCCCCCUUUCUGCUUUCCUCGUCCGAGGCCACCCCUCUCUCUCUCCCUCUUUCUCUGUCCCCCUACGCCUCACAGCCAGUGUCCCUCUCUCUCGCCCUCUCUCUGCCUGUUGCCCCGUCCCUCCCCAGCCCCCGUAAGUCAGCUGCACCAUGCGGUCCCCAUGGCUGUUGUUCCUGUCGGCCGUCACCCUCGCCCUGUGCCGAGCGGAGGAGGGGAUGGACAUCCCAGAGUACGACGGCGAGGACAGAGUGAUUCACCUCUCCCUCAAGAACUACAAGCAAGUGCUGAAGAAGUUCGAUAUCCUCUGCCUGUACUACCAUGAGCCCAUCGACGACGACAAGAUCUCGCAGAAACAGUUCGAGUGGGACGAGCUGACGCUGGAGUUGGCGGCACAAGUGCUGGAGGAUGAGAACAUUGGUUUCGGCCUGGUGGAUGCCGAUGAAGACGAGGCAGUCGCCAAGAAACUAGGUCUGGAUGAAGAAGGCAGCAUUUACGUGUUCAAGGACGACGAAGUGAUCGAAUACGAUGGAGAAUUGGCAGCUGACACUAUCGUGGAGUUCCUCCUUGAUGUUCUGGAAGACCCAAUAGAGAUGAUCGAUGAUGAGAACGAGCUGGAAGCCUUUGAGGAAAAUGACGAUGAGCCCAAGUUGAUCGGGUACUUCAAGAACGAAGAUUCAGAGCAUUUUAAAGAAUAUGAAGAUGCAGCAGAGGAAUUUCAGCCCUAUAUCGCAUUCUACGCCACAUUCAGCAAACGGGUGGCAAAUGACCUGGACCUUAAAUUGAACGAAGUUGACUUCUAUGAACCAUUCAUGGAUGAACCAGAUACAAUCCCCGGAAAACCGUACACCGAAAAAGAAUUAGUGGACUACGUCAACGAACAUAGCAGGGCUACGCUGCGAAAACUGAAGCCGGACAGUAUGUACGAGACCUGGGAGGAUGACGUUAAUGGAAUACACAUCGUGGCCUUCGCAGAAGAAGACGAUGCAGAUGGCUAUGAGUUCCUCGAGAUUUUGAAGGAAGUUGCCGAAGCCAACACGGACAAUCCUGAUCUCAGCAUCGUCUGGAUCGACCCUGAAGACUUCCCUCUGUUGAAUCCAUACUGGGAAAAAAUAUUCGGCAUCGAUCUGUCGGAGCCCCAGAUUGGAGUCGUCAACGUCACCGACGCUGACAGUGUCUGGUUCGAUAUGGACGAAGAUGAUUUGCCUGACACUGAUGAACUAGAGGACUGGAUUGAGGAUGUUCUCUCAGGGGAAGUCAACACGGAAGACGACGAUGAUGAUGAUGAUGAUGAUGAUGAUGAUGAUGAUGAUGAUGAUGAUGACGAUGAUGAUGAUGAUGACGACGAUGAUGACGACGAUGAUGACGAUGACGAUGAUGAUGACGAUGACGAUGACGAUGAUGAUGAUGAUGAUGAAGAUGAUGAUGAUGAUGAUGAUGAUGAUGACGACGACGAUGAUGAGGACGACGAUUAAACGCCACCCAUUACCGCCCAUUAUUUUAAUCUAGGUGGAUAUCUCCAGUCAGCUCUAGAAUCAUCACUCCCGCCUGGCACCACCUGUUACUUUUUUUCUAUCUGUAAAGCUCUUUAACUUAAUCUUUUUCUAUUGUGAAAUCACCACGAUAACCUCGUGGGAAUAGUAAAGAGAACGAAAAUAUAAACAGACACCAAACUGA